GAAGAAGAAGAGCAAGUGGCGGUGACAAGCUCGGUGCAUAAGGAGUCAUGGCAGAUACAAGCCUUAGUGUUUUUGGUGUGCUGACGACAAUCCUAAAAAGUGCAGCAGCAGGUUUUGCAUUUGGAGAAGCUGCGCUAUUUGCAGUUGAGCCCAGACUGACUGAUGAUCACGUCCUGCUGGCUGCUGCGGCCCUGGCUGCUGGUCGAGCUGGUUCCACGGGUGUCGGGGUAGUGGCGGCAUGCCUCGUGUUCACCUCAGUGCUCGUUUCUCUGGGAAGUGGUUUCCUUCUUGCUGCCAUGGUGAUGAAGCUGCUGACAAAAGUUGGAGUGCAGUUGCCAUGGUUAGUGGAGGCCACGACAGGAGCCUCUGUUGUGGUGGGCUCUGUGACUACUGGAAUGUUAGUGGGCAUCCUUCCACCAUGGAUCUACAUCACAGCCCAAGGCAUUCUGGUCCUUGUAGUAUACUCACAAAGUAACAUAAAUGACAUGACCACAGCUCUGCUAAUCAUCUUCACCACUCUCUAUCUCAGUGUUGUAUAUGGAAGGAUGGGUAUCAUAACUGGCCUCUUCAUCAUGGGAUUUACCAUCUGUGUCCUUUAUGCCCUACGAAAAGCUCUGACAGGGAGGGUGUCCCAGAGGCCAAAAUCUAAAACUGGGUGCAAAAUGCUGGAAAGGAUAUUCUUCUACUCUGUUUUUGUGGGGAUAAUGGGAUUUUCUGUAGGGUUAGUAGCAGGUGAAGCAGGGGAAGGGUUGGAAGCAGAAGUGGUUUUGAUGCUGCAGUCGGUCAUCUGGGUGGUGUUUCUGUCUGCUGUGCUGCUAGGAGCUGGCCUGGGAACGGUGGCCAUGGUUGGGUUGGGGCCAGAGGUGGCUGGAAAGGUCGCUCUGGGGGCUGCUAUAAUGUCAUCAGUGGCUCUGAGAGUUAUUCUGCAAUCAAGCUCUUCUCUGGGGCCUCGAAGCAGCAUAGGGGGAACAUUAGGAGCAACUACAGCUGCAGGAGUAUCACUUGGAGCUGCAAGUGUUGCAGCAAAACAAGCAUUCAAGUCUAGAAAUUCAACUUUAAUUGUGAUAGGUUCAGUUGUUGCUGGUGUAUUGCUGGCCACAGAAGGUGUAGCACUGAAAGCAACUCUACUGACAGUAUCAGGGCUUAUAACCGUAACACUUGUUGCAGUGGGGGCACUUAUUCUGGGUGCACCAAAGAGCCCUUUCCACACUCAGGUGAAUCUACAAAGGGGCCUUCUCACAGGGCCAGAGCUAAUUAAAGGAAUUGGCAUGGAGACGGUAACCGCAGCAGCAGCAUCGAUUGGAGCUGGGGCACUUGGGGCUGCAGCGUUAGGCACCGCAGCUCUGGGGAGACUGGGGACUGUGGGAGUUCUGGUGGCUAUUUUGUUGGCUUUGGGAAGUGCUCUAGGUGGUAUGAUAGGAAAAUCACCACCAGCAGCAAACGCACACAGAGAUUGACUAAUGCCUGAGUUUAAACAUUUCUCUUCUACUGGUCACUAAUCAGUCAGAACACAAACACUCUGUGGGCUGACAAAGAGAAGUGUGUGUGUGUGUAGAUAUUGUAUGUUUAGCCACUGUAAGUUGCAUGUAACUCAUUUUAAACACAAAAAAAUAAAUCUGGCCAUUCAUCAAAGCUAUCAGUUGUGUCAUAAACAUGUAUUAUUCCGCCUACCAGCUGAGUAAAAGCGAUAAGAAAUGAGUGAUCCAUUGUUAUUCUCUAAGAAAAUCUAGGGCUAAUUCCAAUAAACACUAAAUAAUUAUAAAAUAAAUUAUCAAUUAGUUGACAUUUUGCACUGUAGCUUUAAUAAUUCCUUUUCCUCACCUUUUCACACUGUCACUGUCACAUCUCCCCAGACAUGAUUACAAGCUGGUUGUUACUUUGGUUUCAUCUUAACAACAGUAACAGAGGACAAGCUGUUAAAGAAAAAGGAGGGGAGAGUGGGAGGAGAAAGAAGGGAAGAAUAAUAUCAGCAGAUAGAAGAGCAUCUCGGAGCAGAUUAUGUUAUGGAAAAAUUUAGAUUCAUACAUCAAAAUAUAGCGUCAUUCUGCCUAUAGACACUCGUAUAACCUUUUCUGAAGAGAUAUGUUUUUUUGAAAUGGAUACCCACCUGAGGCUCAAGGAUUUGUGCUUCUGCUAUGAGAUUUUCAGCUGGUUUCAAGAUUUUUUUUUCCACUGAAGUAGCUUAAGAACAAGAAAUUCUAGGAAAUUUUUCAAUUGUUUAUGGAGCUAACAACACUAUAAUUACUGUACAUCAAGAAACAUGGUAACAAAUUCGACAGGUAAGAGACUUUUCAAGGUGGAUAUGUGGUAAAAGUAGCUGUUGGAGCUGUGUUUACAUCUUAUUGACACCUUGGAAUGGAAUUAUCUCAUGCACUGAAAGUUUUUUGACUCAUGGAUGAUUUUUGCACUAUUCAAAGCUUGAUAAUGUAAAUAUCUAACACAAACAUGGGAUAUAACUUUUCCACGGAUUUUCAUCUUCUGUGUGCUUCCAGAAUACUAACACAGUAUUAUAAGAACAAAGAGGAAUACCAUUAAAAAAAACAUUAUGUCUCUGAACCGGCUCCACACAACAGACACGGAGCAGUCUGCAGAGUACUCUGUGGAAUUCUCUGGGCAGGUUCCUGGUGAUCUGGGUCAUGGAGCGGGUCGGACACGUCAGAUGACCGUGCUCCAGUCAAGAUGCUGUCGCUGUGUUCCGCUUUCAGUGCGCCUCACCUUUAUGCCAGAGUCACUGGAGAGGCUUUAUCAGAGUUACUUCCGUCAGCAGAGGAAAGAGAACCUGCUGGUGUUGAUGAUGUGUGCUGCUUUUUUCAACGGCUUCAUCAUCAUCAUGAGUGCAGUGGUGUACACCGAGGACAAACUGGCAAUGGUGGUGGUUGCAGCUGUGGGGCUGGCAGCAGACAUUGUUUUCUAUCUGCUGUGUUGGUUACAGAAGCUUCCGGCAUCGCUCGUUUUAAACAGAGCGUUACCAUACAUACUGUGGGUGAUGACAACUGUCCAUGUUUUAUGUUACAUGGGACUGAACUUUGAGCGUUUCCCCCAUGCCAGUGACUCUGUGGGCUGGCAGGUCUUUUUCAGUUUCACCAGUUUUCUGACACUGCCACUGGACCUGGUGCCCCUGCUGCUGCUCACAACGCUGUCCUGUGGGAUACACACCUUGGUUUUGGGGGUGACUGUUGCUCAAAGGGCUGAUACCAGCCUGCAGGGGCCCAUGCUGGCGAGACAGCUCCUAGCCAACAUCAUGCUGUACCUGGGUGCAGCCAUAGUGGGUGUCAUGUCAUACUACAUGUCAGACAGGAAGUACAGGACAGCCUUUUCAGAAGCUCGUCAGUCACUCGAGGUCAAACUCACCCUGGAGGAGCAGAGCACCCAGCAGGAGGAACUAUUACUGUCUAUCUUGCCCAAGCACAUAGCUGAUGAGAUGCUGCAGGGCAUGAAGAACCAGGCCAAUCAGAAAGAAGUGCAGCGGCAGCAGCAGUUCAACACUAUGUACAUGUACCGCCAUGAAAACGUCAGUAUCCUGUUUGCUGACAUUGUGGGCUUCACCCAGCUGUCUUCAACCUGUAGUGCCCAUGAGCUCGUAAAGCUGCUUAAUGAACUGUUUGCCCGCUUUGACAAACUGGCAGCCCAAUACCACCAACUGAGGAUUAAGAUCCUUGGAGACUGUUACUAUUGUAUAUGUGGUCUACCUGACUUCAGAGAGGACCAUGCAGCCUGCUCCAUAAACAUGGGUCUAGCGAUGGUAGAAGCCAUCUCGUAUGUGCGAGACAAGACAAAAACUGGAGUGGACAUGCGUGUGGGCGUCCACACAGGUACUGUACUGGGCGGAGUACUCGGGCAGAAAAGAUGGCAGUUUGAUGUUUGGUCCACAGAUGUCACUGUAGCCAACAAAAUGGAGUCGGGAGGAAUUCCUGGGAGAGUGCAUAUUUCCCAGAAUACUAAGGACUGUCUACACGGAGAAUUUGAACUGGAACCAGGGAAUGGUGGAGAGAGGUGCGAGUACCUGCUGGAGAAAGGCAUCGACACAUAUUUGGUUCUAGUGCCUAAACAGGAGGCAAAUGGACUCAAUGGAAAUGCACCUGAUGCAAUGGCCAAAAGAAAUUCAAACCAGUUGAUCAACACUACAGAAACCAAUGGAGACACAGCUUCACUCCAGCCCAGGCCCACUGAGUCUGAACAAGAGAAGCACAAUAUGGUUGAGGACCAAGUGAUCAACAAGCGACUGCAGCAGGAGCUGCUGGAGAGAGAAGCUCAACAAAUAAUGAAGGAUCAGAUCAACUCCAUCUCAUUGCGUUUUGUGGACAGAAAGUUGGAGGAUCAUUACUCCUCUGAGAAGGAGAAGCGGAGUGGAGCAGCCUUUUGCUGCUGCAUGAUAGUGCUCUUUUUCAUCACAGCAAUGCAGGUGUUCAUAGACCCACUGUUGGUUGUGAAUUAUGUGACUUUUGCAGUGGGAGAGUUAUUGCUACUAAUCCUCAUGCUGUGCUCCCUAGCUGCCAUCUACCCCAGGAUGUUCUCCAAGAGGUUGGUGUCUUUCUCACUGUGGAUUGAUCGCACCCGUUGGGCAAGAAAUACGUGGGCUAUGGCAGCCAUAUUUGUUCUUACCAUGGCUGUGAUCGCUGACAUGCUGAGCUGCGUUCCACCGUCUGUUUGGGUGUCCAACAGCACCUCUGGCCCUGUCCUGAAGUCACUCAGUGACCGAGGCUGUGCAGAUAAUCCAAAGCAUUACAGCUACAUGACUGUGAUGUCACUAAUCGCAACUGCCAUGUUGGUACAGGUCAGCCACCUGAUUAAGCUAGGUCUUAUGGCACUGGUUGUGACAGCAGCUGGAGCUGUUAAUAUUUACAGCUGGCGAGACAUCUACGACCUGUAUGACUUUAUACGGUAUACCAGAGCCUCUAUGGUUCCAUCAAAGUACCUCAUGACCAUGAUGAUUAUUGUCAUGAUGAUUGGCUUCUACUUCUUUGCCCGCCAUUUAGAACGUCAGUCUAGGAAACUGUUCCUGUGGAAGAUUGGCGUGCAUGAUCAGAAGGAACGGGUGUUUGAGAUGCGACGCUGGAAUGAAGCUCUGGUCACCAACAUGCUGCCUGAACAUGUCGCCAAACACUUCCUGGGCUCUAAGAAGAGAGAUGAGGAGCUGUACAGCCAGUCAUAUGAUGAAAUAGGUGUGAUGUUUGCUUCUAUUCCCAACUUUUCUGAUUUCUACACUGAAGAGAGCAUCAACAAUGGAGGCCUUGAGUGUCUCAGGAUCCUCAAUGAGAUCAUCUCAGACUUUGACAGUUUGCUCGACAGAGAUGAGUUCCGCUGUAUCACUAAGAUCAAGACAAUAGGAAGCACCUACAUGGCUGCAUCAGGGCUCACUCCAGAAAGCAACACUAAUGCAUACAACAGCCAUAAGCCAGAGGACAGGUCACUGAUUGAGCACUGGCAGCACCUCGCUGACCUGGCAGACUUUGCCUUGGCUAUGAAAGUCACUCUCAACAACCUCAACAAACAGUCCUUCAACAACUUCAUGCUCCGAAUUGGUCUGAAUAAGGGUGGAGUUCUUGCUGGAGUGAUUGGAGCUCGUAAACCUCACUACGACAUCUGGGGCAACACAGUCAAUGUGGCCAGUAGAAUGGAAUCCACUGGAGUGAUGGGAAACAUCCAGGUGGUGGAGGAUUGUCAUAACAUACUGAAGGAGUAUGGCUUCCGCUUCAUCCGAAGAGGGCUCAUAUAUGUCAAAGGAAAAGGGGAGCUGUUAACCUUUUUCAUGAAAGGCAAAGACAAACCUAGCAGCAAUGGCGGCCCAGUGCUCACUGCCCUGCCGAACCAAGUUGCGGACCAUUCUUAACUAAUUUCACCUAAACAAGUGUCAUUAACACAAGGAUAAGCCUGGGCAGACUGUCCUCUUUACUCCAUUACUCUCAUAUACACAGUUAAUUUACCUAUAUCUUUUUCCAUACACUCUGUAGCAAUGCAAAGAAUUUGGAACUAGAUGAACACAACUAAAUAAUAUUAUUAUCAGCAUUAUAACUGUGAAAUACCAUCCCACCCAAAAAAUAAACUAAAGAGAAAGUGAGUCUGUAUAAUUGUACAUAAUUCAGAAAUAGAGUUGAACAUCUCACAGAGAUCCUGCAUUAAAGAUUGUAUCACUGUGCACUUGAUUUAUGGAGUGCUAUGAGAAUUACAAGCUUGGAAACGUUAUAUAAGUUACUUUCCUUUGCUGUUUUAGCUUGAGCUCAGUUUUUGUCAAAUAAUGUAGGUUGAUCACACUAUAUAAUGUGUUAAUAAAACACACUUGCACUAAACUUUGCUUGAACCUGAAU